CGUUCGACAAAUUGUUCUUAGUCAAGUGCCACUAUCUUGAACGGAAGCACUUUCCGUUUGCACUUAGUAAAAAAAGUACAUAAAGCAAAAAGUGAAAAGUUCUUCUAAAAUUUCGAAAAUUCUAUUAAAAUAGAAAAUUGUUUACCAACUGAAUGCAAUAAGAAACAAAAAAUGGAAACGAAAAAAUUUAUUUUGCUUAUUUUAACAUUUAUUGUUGGACUGUCAGUGAGUUCUUAUGCGAUACCAAAAGAGCAUAAUCGAUUUGCAAGAGCAACGGGAAAUAAAUCACAUAAUUUUAUUGUUGGAUCACGAUUAACAGGCGACAGAUUAGUUCUCAGGCAGAAUAUCCAGAAAAAUUCCAGUUGGAUGAGAAUUGUGACUCUUGAGAAAACUUUUAAUACAACACAAUACCAGAGGAUUACUCAAGUUGCUGCCUACGACCAAAAAUCAAAUGGAAAUGGAGCUUACGCAUCACUUCUUAAUGGAGGUCCUGGAAGUGAUAGGGCCACAUUGAGAUUUAAAUCACAACGAGGACAUGGCAUUAAUUUUAUCGUCGAACUCUAUGCACGUUAAUUUUUAAUUUCAAUUAAAAUUUCUUUCUUUAUUUCAAAUAAAAGUGUUCAUUCUUCUCUCAAUUUUCUCAAUCCUCAAAAUUUUAAUAAACAUUUUUUUUUUUAAAUUUAUAUAUAGUGGAACAUUUUAAGAUAGAAAAACUUGAAUUUACGUGCUAUUUGGGCAGAAAAUACAAUAACAAAAUUAA